GAGGCCGGAAGUGGAGUUGAGGGAGCGGAGGUGGCGACGUCGUCCGGACAAGAUGGCGGCGAUGUUGGCGCCCGCGGCGGCUGUAGCGGCCGCAGCGGCCCCGGCCGGUUUCGGACUCGGCUCGGUUCGGCCGGCCGCCGCUUCGGCCGGCUGCUCGUCAUCUUCGUCGUCGUCGUCGUCUUCGAGCGGCGGUCCGGGCCCUCUCCCGCCGCCUCCCGCGCCGCCUCCGCCCGGGGCGGUCCGCAUCGGCGACCGGCUUUACUCGGGAGUGCUGCUCACCUUGGAUAACUGCCUCCUGCCUGAGGAGACGCUUCGCUUUACGCCUUCCAUGACCAACGGCCUCGACGCCGAGACCGAGGCGCAGCUCCGGAUCACCGGCUGUGAACUCAUCCAGUCGGCCGGCAUCCUUCUCCGGAUUCCUCAGGUGGCCAUGGCUACAGGGCAGGUGCUGUUCCAGCGUUUCUUUUAUACAAAAUCAUUUGUGAAGCAUUACAUGCAGCAUGUGUCGAUGGCCUGUCUUCAUUUGGCUUCCAAAAUUGAAGAAGCCCCACGGCGCAUAAGAGACGUGAUCAAUGUAUUCCACAGACUUCGGUUGCUGAGAGAGAAGAAGAAACCUGUCCCCCUAAUACUGGAUCAAGAAUAUGUUAACUUGAAGAACCAAAUUAUCAAGGCGGAGAGGAGAGUUUUGAAAGAACUUGGAUUUUGCGUGCACGUGAAGCAUCCUCACAAGAUAAUCGUUAUGUACCUUCAGGUAUUAGAAUGUGAACGUAACCAGCACCUGGUCCAGACCUCAUGGGUAGCCUCUGACGGGUAAGUGACUAAGACCUCCUCUGCUGCCCACGAACAAUGGUGCAGGGAAUACUGGCGUCUUCAGUCAAACCCC